CCUUUCUGUUUUCUAUGUUCCCGCGUUACAGCCAUGGAGUUAAUUGUUACGAUUGUGUUCACGGUUAUUACUUUGUUGUAUUGAAAUAUGCGACAUUUAUGUAUUCCUGUGUAGUUGCUUGAACUCUAUUUCUAUAUUUCAUGAAUCGAAUUUUGACAGUCAACAAAAAUGGAUGAUAUUGUAGAAGAAGAUGAUUCUUUCUUGGACAGUUUGGACUACAACCCCAUCCCCAGGCCGUCUGCGGUAAAUGUGCAGACUGCUGAUCAGUUAAAGUACAUUGACAACAGUGAAGAUGAAAGUUGUUUGCCGGACUCGGACAGCGACGACAGCGACUCGCCCACGUACGGUUCCAAACGUUCUAAAGUGAAGAAGUCUGAGGCCAGUGCGAAAGCUCCUGCCGUGGUGAGCCAGGACGUGCAGGCGAGACCCAAAAAGAGGAACAACAUAUGGUGCAUGAACGUGCAAGAAUCCUCUCUGGUGGACGAGCUGGAGAGCUGCGGCAUGAAGUCGUUCGAGAGGGACAUGGGCGUGGAGUCGUACUUCGUGCAGCGGAGCAAGGAGGACGGGGAGCUGUCGGACGGGAACGGCGCGGUCGACGACGGGCCGAAGGCGGAGAGCGAGCGGCUGUGCGACAAGCCGAGGGCUGCGGGCAGCAAGCACAGGGUGACGCACAACGCGAACAAGCGUCGGCACGGCAGCAAACCCGACAUCAAGCAGCGGCUGGGCUCGCGGCGAGCCACGGAGCCGUCACCUUCCCAGCGCCACUCGCGCACCAUCCUCGACCUCGCCACCGACGCUUCCAGCACGGACGAGGAGAUGGCGCUGGACAUCGCCAACAAGCUGAGUGAACCGAAGGAUGAUCUGAUUCUGCGAAUUGUUACAAUUCUUGGUAAAGAAAAGGCUGUUGAAUACUUCAAGAAAACACAAGAAAUUGAAGCAGAUGGUGGUAUGUUAAUAAAGAAUAACUCGCGCCGAAGGACUCCCGGAGGUGUGUACCUGUUUCUGGUGAAACUGGAUACAGACAUUCCCCCGGAGAAACAGAAGGAAGUCUUCUUGUAUGAGAGGCACACAGAAGUGGCGAAAAAGAGAGAGAGCGCUCGGAAAAGGAGGGCGAAGGCAGAGGAACUGCGAAGAACUUUGUCCGCAGAGAACAUGCUGCCCAACUUGUCCUCUCACGCGGACCUGGCCGUCCAGCUGGCGUCGAAGAAGAGGGCGGCAGAGCUGGACGGGGAGGCGGCGGUGAGCAACCCCCCGCCCUCGCCCGUCACCGAUGGCCGCGACAACAGCAGCGACGAGCUGGAGCCUGGGGAGCCAGACGCGAGCGAACCCACGGCCGUGGCGAACAAGUGGCAGCUGCAGGAGCAGGACGACUGUCUGGACAUCGGCUGCGACAUGGACGUAGUGUGAACGCUGCAUUUUGGCGUGCGACUAUUUAUUACAUGCAUUGUUUCAACACGUGUCACUAUCAAAUUGAAGGUCUGUAAACUGUGGUAGAGAUGAUUGCUAUUAAAUAUAUUAUUUUUAAUUACUACAA